AUGGGUAGAGGUGGUAGAGAUCUGUCUCUGGUCAUCGAGAUGGGCUUGUUUGCUGUUGAGGUGCAUAUCGACCCUCGCCAACUUAAUGUCCGUGGGACCGGCCAUUCAUACGUGUUCUCGCACUCGCGGCCCAAGCACCGGAGGCUGCAGAUCGUUCUCGGCCUGAGCUUUUCCGUCGGACGCUCCGCUGCUCCUGGCUCGACCCUCGACACGUCUUCCUCGGUGUGCCUGGGACCUGAUGGCUCGCCUGAAUCAAGUUUGCCGCUCACAGUGCGUAUACCUCCAAAGACGGUGCCCUACCUGUAG